CAAUAAAAUGCGCCUCCUUCUCAGUGUGGAGGAAAACACAUUUCAGGGUGAGUGUGUGCAGUCUGCUACAGGAAUGAUCUGUUGCUCGUGUCUUGUGCAUCUUUGACAGCGGAGCCGUUUUCAUUUAAAGCUUCUGAUCCCCCUUUUGAUAACAUAACAAACUGCUCUACUGCACAAUUUCUUUCAUUUCCCUCCUGCACACAUACUCGCUCACAAACACACGCACUGUCUCUUUUAGCUAAAACUUUUCAAAGAUGACCUGGACGAUGAACAGCUGUUUGGCCACUCUGGCCGUCUUGUUCCUCUGGCGAGUGGAAGAAAUGGCAGAAGCUUGCAGCUGCUCCCCUACACAUCCUCAGCAGGCAUUUUGCAACUCAGAUGUCGUUAUCAGAGCAAAAGUUGUUGGAGGGCAGGAAGUUGAUGCUGGCAAUGACAUCUAUGGAAAUCCCAUCAAACUGGUCAAAUAUGACAUCAAACAGAUCAAGAUGUUCAAAGGUCCCUCUAAGGAUUUCGAUGCUAUCUACACCGCUUCCUCCUCUGCAGUGUGUGGAGUGACCCUGGAGACUGAUGGCAAGAAAGAGUACCUUAUCACAGGCAAGAUGGAGACUGAUGGAACAUUGUACGUCACACUGUGUAACUUCAUUGAGCCGUGGGAGGCCAUGAGUGACACCCAGAAGAAGAACCUAGUUCAGCGCUAUGAGACAGGCUGUGAUUGCAAGAUUACUCGCUGCAUCUCAAUCCCCUGCAUGAUCAGCGGCCCAGCAGAGUGCCUUUGGAUAGACUGGGUGAUUGACAAGAAAGUAAAUGGAGAACAAGCGAAACACUAUGCUUGUAUCAAGAGGAGUGAUGAUUCAUGUGCCUCGUACAGAGGUAGCGAACCACCCAAAAAGGAAUUCCUGGACAUCGAAGACCCAUAACUCCACCACUGUUGAGAAGUCUGAAGACGUCUUCAGUUGAAAUGUUUUAACAUAAAUAUUAAAAACAGAAAUGGAAAUUUAAA